AUGAUUUGCUCCCGCGGCGGGUUCCCGAAACUGGAGUCCCUCGUACUUAAUACACUGGACGAGUUAGAGAGGUGGGUAAUUGAGGCCGGGGCCAUGCCCCGCCUGAGGAGGUUGGAGAUCACCUACUGCAGAAAGUUGGCGAUGCUUCCGGAAGGGUUGCAACAGAUGGCUGCAUUGAAGGAGCUCGUUUUGUGGAAUAUGUCCCCUACAAUCUGUUCUAGAACUCAAAAGGAGGGAGAGGACUGGCCCAAAAUCCAACACAUACCUUCAAUCACUACUUCAAAGUCAUUAUCUGCCGGUGAGGACAUGGACUCAUAGCCAAUUCCGUAUUGAGGACAGGAUUGUCCUUUGUCAUCAGGUAAUUUCUCUAACCCUGUGAGGAAACCCGCCAUCUCCAUUUGUGAUAUGCGAUAAUUGUGUGAUGCUAACGAGGAUUGUGUGCUGAGCUGUGGACAUAAAAACAUUCUUAGAACCACACCGACGGUACAUAAACUGUUAGAUAAUCGAAAGUAAGAGAAUUUCACACUUUCAUCAAAAAGCUGUUUUUAGUUUCAGAAAAAUCUCUCAGUAAAUCGAGAUGACUAAAAAAAAAGGAUAAAUGUUCCCAUCAUGGGAAAAAUUAGAGCAAUAUUUCUAUUAAAAUCUUUAAAGCAAGGUAAGAGACUUGAAGUAUCGAAUAUUAAUAGAAAGGUACGAAGGACAGCGAUAACAAAAAUAGCAUCAUUUUCUUAAAUCACUCAUGAAAGAAAAAUGCCAUGUAUUGUUCAUAAGGCCAGAGAUUAGACCUGGAUUUUGUUCAGGUGCUUGGUUGACAAGCCCACCCAAAAAUUUCUAAACAAUAAGUCAUCUUCUACUUGAAGAUGUUAUAGAACACAUUAGGUUCCUCACCCCACGUAGGAUUGAGUAAGGUUCUUGUGAUAAAAUUCGAGUCUCCAAAAUAAUAUACAACCAUCAACUUUCUACUAGAUAGUUCAAGUGGCUAAAAAGUACUGAUCUGUCACUCAUUCCAAAAAAUGACACGAGUAAAAUGUAGGACAUGCUACCAAGCUGCUCUGUCUCCUUUGAGUGAAAAUUAUUGGUUCUUGCUACUCUAAAAAUCUUCCGUUAUGCUAGGGAUCUACUAUUGAAUGUCUCGUAUGUAUAAAAGGCAUUUAUCAUAACUCUUAAGAAAAGAAAAUCCAAGGAGAUUUUUAGUUACCCAAUGUUUCUUCUUCAAAGUUGUGUAAAACGUUAGUAAGCCGAGUAUGCGUGGGUAGCCUCCUGUGAGAAUUCUAUCACAUUGAAGCCUCAUUUUCAAAGGAGAAGAUAAGCUCAUGUAGGAAGAACAUGUUACUUCUGAAUCGUCAAUGUGAGAUGAAAUAGCAUAGAGAUUGAAUGGUGUGAUAUAGCCCACUUGUUCCUAGUUUCUUGGGUUAAAACAAAGAAUGUUAUCAUCAGUCUUUGUUAAUGAGCCCUGCCACAUAUUCCCAUGCUCCCUUAAUCUUUUUUUCUUUCACAAUUCCUCAUGAUUCCUAA